AAAUACUGGCUCCGUUCGUCCGUCUGAACUGUGUGAAGCUAGGCUAACUGGACGAUCAAGAGAGAUCAUGAGUUGGAAGAUUGUGACAGGUUAUGGUGUGUUCGGUGCCGCCAUCUGCAGCUGUACUGCUAAAACGUUGUUGGAUACGAAUGACGCGAAAGUCCGUGAAGGUGUUGCGUCAGAUCAAAACACUGAGCAGGCAUUGCGUAACACGUUGACAUUGAAGCAAGCCCAGGUUUUCUUCAGACACGGUGCUCGAACAACCAUACACACCAUCCCCAAAUUAGCCGAGGCUAACUAUGAUGCCAAGAUAUUCAUGCAUCCCCUCCCUCACACACUGUUUGACCUUGACAUGGUUGACCUUGCAACCGGAGGACCAAAGACGAAAUCACGCCUCGAUGAACACUACGCAAAAAAGAAAUUGUUGGGAGGCUCUGUGGCCGGACAGCUGACCACCCUAGGACAACAACAGUGUUUCAUGCUGGGACAGAAACUUAAGCAGGACUACAUAGAAGGCGCCAACCUCAUCACCGAGGAUUACGAUCCCAACACAGUUUUUGGGCGAUCGACAAACAUCAAAAGAACCAUAGAAAGUUUACGAUGUGUCAUGGCAGGGAUGUUUGGGGUUUCAAAUCUACAGAAAAUUGCUCCUGUGAAGGUGUAUAUUUCUGACCAACAGAGCGAGGUGUUAUUUCCCAACCUACAUAACUGCCAUGUACUAACACAAAACAAUCACUCAGUGCUGUUCCACAUGGGCGAUAAGCCUGAAUAUCAGCCAGAAAGACUCAAGCUAGAGAAAGCGUUCGGCGUAAAUUUCAAAGAUCAUGUAGGAUUAAAUUUCGUGGGUAUGCGUGACGACUUAGUAGCACGUAAGGCCCAUGGUUUUCCUAUACCUUCCCAUGCUCUGCCGCUUUGGGACACAAUAGAACUUAUGGCCAGCAAGAUGAUAUAUGCUGCGUUUUGUGGACAGCACAAGGCAGAGAGGAAUGUGGUCAUGAGACUGGCCACUGGACCACUAAUGACCAUGGUGAUGGACAACAUAGAGGACCUGGAGGAAAAUAAGGGAAAUGCUAAAAAGUUGUUCCUGUUUGCAACACAUGACUCAACAUUAGUGGGCAUGCUUGGACUACUAGACAUAUGGGACAAUAUAUGGCCUCCCUACUCAGCUGAUAUACGAUUCGAGCUGUACGAAAAUCAAAACAAGGAAAAGUUUAUUCAAGUUCUGUAUAUGGGAAAGCCAAUGAAAGUACGAGGGUGUGACUCGACCUUAUGUUCCUUGAAGCAGUUCAGAGAAGCCAUGAAACCAUUCAUGAUACGAAAAGACGAGUUAAAUUCAAUCUGUAGUUCAGAUAUACUAGAACAAAUAGAUAAAGAAACACAUGAUCGUCAUUAUUCCAACAAAAUCAAAGAAGAGGAAAAAGGAGAAAUUCAGACAGAAGAGGUCCAGGAGCAAUCCGAGACUCCAGCGGGAAUGUGAUGUCCAUGUACUGUAGAAUCUGGUCAUGUUGUCUUUCAUUGUAGACAAAAUAUUAAAAGACAGUAAUGGGUGGAUCCAUUAAGGUUUUCAGGGGGAUCAGGAUAAUCAGUCUUUCCUCCCUAGUCAGUUGGAAACACUCCUGAUUCUUUUUGACAAUCCUAGAAACAAAUUCUGAAUUAUCCACUAUAUUAGUGUCAUAAAUACUGUAAAUUUGCGGGUAUAGUGCGCAGGUAUGUUUUUGGCGUCAGAUUUGAAAAAAAAAAAUUUGGAAGAAAAAAAAUCAUGAAAGUAACCGAUAUCAAACUGGAAAAGUAGCAUUAAAGGUAGCUUGGUGUUUAUAACACAGAUUAAUUAAAUUAUUUGUUAAAAAUUCAUUUAUGAAUUGUUUUUUUCUUGUGAUUUUUGUGAAAUUAAGUGUCAAAACUUUAUAAUGACAGAUCUUUAAAGUGUAAGUAUUUAUUUUCAUGUUUAUGCCAAUAGCAAUUUCUUCGUAGAAUGAACAAUAACGGGUAUGCAUCUUUUUUUUAUCUCACACAUUUGUGGGGUAUUUAAAUUAUUAUAUACAAACGAUUGUUAUGCAGUGUAGUAGUUCUUUGAUUUGUUAUACAUGCAUCACUGAAUCUGUUAUGGGCAUACUUGCCAACUCUCCCUAUUUAGGAGGGAGACUCCCGAUUUUGGACUCUUAAAUUUAAUGUUUUUAACUGUGCCUGUAUUAUAAGAUCUAAGAACGACUCAAAUUAUGUCAUUUUAAGGGUAACUUUGCUUCCAGGGGGUAUACACAUUUAUGUUUUAUUUUUGAGCAUGUAAUAUCUUCCCCAUGGAAUUUAAAAAAGUUGUAUCAGAAGAAAAUAUGAUUAAGUCACAAACUCGUGACAAUGGUGAAACUGGCAGUGUUUUCCUUUAUUCUCUUAUAGUCACAAAAUAUGCACUAUAACAUGCUUUUGUUAGGUAUAUGAUGAAAAGAUUUUGAAUCUCAUUCCUUUUACAUCAGAUUUUUAUAACACUCUGAAGCUUGUUUUGUAAAAAUCAAUUGUCAUGGGAUUUAAGUGAGAUCCUCUAUUCAGAAUCUAUCCUAAUGAGUUUAUGCAAAAAUAAAUAUCUUGUGAAAUACCCAGGGAGAUGAUUCACAGUUAUCACGAGUAUAUCUGAUGAACAAGCAAAGCAGCCAAUCUUAACCCUUUCACCACUGUAGACCAUAAUGGACUCCUCCAGAUCAAUGCAUGGUAGAGUCUACUAAAGUUACCUAGGGGUGAAAGGGUUAAGGUUGCCUGUCACACUGCAAGAAAAUCACUCGAGAGUUCCACUGUAAUUUUUGUCUUGCCUGUACUUGUUUUCCAAAUAUCUUAAUUGUAAAAAAUGCAAUUUAAACUUUCCAUUACUUUCCUGUUUUAAUUUGGAAGUUUGAAAAUAAGUUAACAUCGGUAAAGUUAUGUCAGCAAUGUCAGUUUCUGUAUUUUACAUUAUUGACAUUGUUUUAUACCUUUUGACUUUGAUAUAGUCAAAAAUUUGACAAUUUAGUAAACAUUUUCUGAAUUAUAAAUCUUGUUUGAAUUAAAUUUGAACAUUUUGAAAAUAAGUAAAGAUACAUGUAAGUAAAGUUAGUUCAUCAAUGUUCUGAAUUUGAAAUUUUGAAAAUAUGUAAACAUAAAUAAAAUUAGUUCAUCAAAAUGUCCAGUUUCUAUCUUUUCCUCUGUUUCUCAAACUAAUUCGUUUCCUUGAUUGGUUUGAUGGUCAAAGUGGGGACAGGGGAGACUUAUAUAAUCUCUCGCCCCUAAGGGGGUGAAUGAUUCUUUUUCUCUUACCCUGUUCUCUCAUUGUAUAUCAUAUACACAAUGUAAUGCUAAC